AUGGCGUUGGGGGAUUGUGCGUUUCUGGCUGUUUAUAUCAGUGUGGGUUUGACCUUUAACCUCGACACGUCAGCCCCGCUGCUGAAGACGGGGGGAGACGGGAGUCUGUUUGGUCUGUCUGUCGCCCUGCACCAGGACCUGAGGACAGACACCUACCUGCUAUUGGUUGGAGCUCCUAGAGAGAAGGCGGACCCUGAUGUUCUGGCUCAUCGGACAGGAGGAGUAUACAGCUGCCCGAUCUCCAUGGACCAAUUAGACUGCAGCAGGAUGAAGCUCAUACAUCCUGAUGUGAACCCAUCUGAGGACCUGAUUGAAGACAUGUGGCUUGGUGUCUCAGUAGCCAGUCAGGGCCGACCUGGAGGGAGGGUCCUGGCAUGUGGUCAUCGCUUUGUGAAACUCUAUGGGCCAUUAGAAUUCAGGCAGAUGAUUGGCCGAUGUUAUCUCCUUGGAAACGACCUGCAGUUCAAUGAGAGUGACGUGAACUGGCAGAAGCCCGACCAGCCCUGCAGUCACCUUGGUGAUGUCAGAGCUGAGGUCAUGUGUAAUGCUGGGAUUUCAGCUUCCAUCACUCAGACCGAGGUCAUCGUGGGGUCACCAGGAAGCUACGAAUGGCAAGGUAACGUACACGUCUCCUGGAUGAAUCCCGUCGACGUCUUUGAUUCUAAACAAAGUUUCUUCCCGAACAUGAAGCUCAGGAACAUUUACAUCGGUUACUCGGUUGCUCAGGCUCGUUGUCUUCUCUCUGAAGAUGAUGUUACCAUCGUAACAGGAGCUCCUAAGGACAGUAAAGAGGACGCUCGUGGCUCAGUGCUGUUGGCGGUGAAACAGAACAAUGAACUGGUCGUUCAGCAGAAACUCCGCGGUGAACAGACGGGCUCUUACUUUGGUAACGCCGUGGCAACAACCGACCUCAACAACGACGGGUGGAACGACCUGCUGGUGGGCGCUCCAUUUUACUUCCAUCGCCAGCAGGAGGCGGGCGGGGCAGUAUAUGUCUACAUGAACUCAGGAGGAGGGUUUGACUCUGGAGCCACUCUGGUGCUGAGAGGACCGGCCCAAUCUGCGUUCGGUAUGACUGUUGCUGCUGCGGGAGACUUGAACCAAGAUGGCUUCCAGGAUUUUGCCGUUGGAGCUCCGUUCUCUGAAACAGGAAGUGUGAUGAUCUGGACCGGGGGUAGUGAGGGGGUUUCUACAGAACCGAGCCAGGUGAUCAGGGGCAGCAGUGUCGCUCCUCGGUUCAGGACAUUCGGGUUCUCUCUGUCUGCUGGUGUAGAUGUUGAUGGGAACAAAUAUCCAGACCUGGUGGUUGGUUCUCUGGACGACACUGUCGCUCUGCUCAGAACUCGUCCCGUCCUCCACCUCAAUCAAACGCUCCGAGUUUCUCCGGACAUCGUCAACCCCGAAAUCUGCGACUUCUGCAUUCAGGUUGAGUUGUGUUUCUCCUACAUCUUCAGCACUGGAGAGAGGAAUGACAGAGACAACAUCACCGUUCACUUCGUUGUGGUCGCUGAUGUCACCAGCCUGAAGCCUCGCCUCCGUUUCCACGACAACAGGCAGAGCACGUACUCUGGUCACCUGACGAUGCCAACGUCACGAUGUCACUUCCUGCGUGUCGGGCUGCUGAGUCCAAUUCGAGACAAAUUACAACCUCUGGUCUUCUCACUGAACGUAUCUCUGCACGAGAAGCGUCCCAAGAAAACAAGUGUCUUUCAGGAUCUGAAGCUCCUCCCAGUGCUGAGCCACACCCCACAACCCAUCCGAACCCAGAUUCAUAUCCAGAAGGCCUGUGGUUCUGAUAACCGUUGCCAUAGUAACUUGCAGAUGACAGCCCAGUUCACAGACGAGAACCAGGAACCCCUCAGCAUGAAGAAGAACAAACAAGUGUUGAACUACAACUCCGGCAUUAACAGAUUGUUUUUGGAGGUUAAUGUCAGCAACACACCGUCCGUGGGCAGACAAGCAGAGGACGCUCACAACGCCAUUUUGAACAUCAGCAUCCCACCAUCACUCACAUACUCCGGAGUUCGAACAAAGGGUGACAUCACAGCAGCAGAAUGUUCGGUCCAGCACACGGUUCUUCAGUGUGAGCUGGGGAACCCGUUCAAGAGCAACCACAAGGUUCAGUUGUUCAUCAUAUUUCAAACAUCUGACAUCAGUUUGGAAACAAGAGAAAUUCAGACUUUGCUGCAGCUGUCAACUCUCAGUGAACAACAUCUGUCUCCUGUCUCUGUCUCCAUGUGGGUGGAAUAUUCACUGCAGACGUCCCUUACACUAAUCAGUUCACCAGGCCCCGCCUCCUUCAGUGGUCAUGUGAUCGGUGAAUCGGCCUCAAAGAAGACAGAGGACGUCGGCAGUUUGCUGCUCUUCACCUUCAAGGUGCAUGUCAACGGGAAGCCACUGGGUAACCACGGCAACCUGGAGGUGGAGUUUAAUUGGCCGAGUCUUCUGUCCAAUGGGAAGUGGCUGUUGUACCUCACAGAGAUCCGAGUGCACGGCACAUCCGAGCCUCGCUGCAAUCCGCCCGAUGACAUCAUCAACCCUCUCAACCUUGUGCUGCCAAUGGAGAAGAGGAAGGGGAGCGGUGUGGAGGAGAACAGGGGGAGGAGUCUAGAGGAAGAGAAAAAGAGAAGUGAUAAAACUCAACCCAUCCUCCUCCUGCAUCAACAGAAGAGAAAGUCGUACACUCUGGACUGUGUUCAUGGAGCCAAAUGUGUGACGUUUGUUUGUCCGUUAAUCAACAUGAAAAACUCUGCAACCCUGAGCGUGAGAGCAAGAAUCUGGAACUCAACCAUGAUCGAGGAUUACAGCGAUGCCAGGAGUGUGUUGGUUCGAGGUCGGGCAACCCUGAAGCUGCGGAGUAACAAACACACCAUCAACAUCGGGUCUCCCAGCACUGAGAUUGAGGUACACAUUUACCCAGACCUGGGGCAACAGGUGGACUCCAGCGCUCCCUGGUUUAUCAUCGGGGUGUCCAUGGUGGCUGGAAUCUUACUGCUGGCUCUGAUCUGCCUGGUGCUCUUGAAGUGUGGGUUCUUCAGGAAGGCCAGCACCAGAGAGCUGUACGAGGCAAAGUCGCAGACGGCUCACGUGAAGGAGUCGGAGUCCGAGAGCCUGAGCGAGGAGCUCUGAGUCUGGGCACCAUGCUGGAAGAGAGCCCUGUAGUAAGGACCAGCUGCAGACCGCCUGCUUACUGACUACUUUACAUACUGACUGGUUUCCUUACUGACUGGUUAACUUACUGCCUGGUUAACUUACUGACUGGUUAACUUACUGACUGUUUAACUUACCGCCUGGCUAACUUACUGCCUGGUUAACUAGCUGCCUGGUUAACUUACUGACUGGUUAACUUACUGCCUAGCUAACUUAUUGCCUAGCUAACUUACUGACUGGUUAACUUACUGCCUGGUUAACUUACUGACUGGCUAACUUACUGACUGGUUAACUUACUGCCUGGCUCACUUUCUGCCUGGUUAACUUACUGAAUGGCUAACUUACUGACUGGCUAACUUACUGACUGGCUAACUUACUGCCUGGUUAACUAACUGACUGGUUAACUUACUCCCUAUUUAACUUACUGCCUAGCUAACUUACUGCCUGGCUAAGAAACUGCCUGGUUAACUUACUGCCUGGCUCACUUACUGCCUGGUUAACUUACUGCCUGGCUAACUUACUGCCUGGUUAACUUAUUGACUGGUUAACUUACUGACUGGUUAACUUACUCCCUAUUUAACUUACUGCCUAGCUAACUUACUGCCUGGCUCACUUACUGCCUGGCUAACUUACUGCCUGGUUAACUUACUGCCUGGCUCAAUUACUGCCUGGUUAACUUACUGCCUGGUUAACAAACUGGCUGGUUAACUAACUGCCUGGUUAACUUACUGCCUGGUUAACUUACUGCCUGGUUAACAAACUGGCCGGUUAACUUACUGCCUGGUUAACUUACUGCCUGGCUCAAUUACUGCCUGGUUAACUUACUGCCUGGCUCACUUACUGCCUGGCUAACACACUGCCUGGUUAACUUACUGCCUGGCUCAAUUACUGCCUGGUUAACUUACUGCCUGGCUAACUUACUGCCUGGCUCAAUUAUUGCCUGGUUAACUUACUGCCUGGCUCACUUACUGCCUGGCUAACACACUGCCUGGUUAACUUACUGCCUGGCUCAAUUACUGCCUGUUUAACUUACUGCCUGGCUCAAUUACUGCCUGGUUAACUUACUGCCUGGCUCACUUACUGCCUGGCUAACACACUGCCUGGUUAACUUACUGCCUGGCUCAAUUACUGCCUGGUUAACUUACUGCCUGGUUAACUUACUGCCUGGUUAAUUUAUGUCAACCUGCUUCUGAUCGAUCAGUUUUUCAAUAACAAACUUUGAUGAGUUUCUUCAGAUUUACAGUGAAAUGUUUUGUUUGGAAGUUUUAUGGUAAUUGUUGUGUUGUGUGAGUUUCACAGUUCACGUCUUUACUUGUGUAUGUGUGUCGCUGUGUGUGUAUCUCUGUGUGUAUCUGUCUGCGAACAUUUAAUCAGUUUCAUGUAACUUGAGUGAAAUAAUCCAGAGUUGUAAAACAGCGCCCCAACCAGUCCGUGGUCAGUCAGGGAAUCACACUGUUGUUAAACUAGCUUAGUUUUGUAGCUGCGUUAAACAAGCGAUUCUCAAAGUUAAUACACUAACGUGAAGUCGGUUUAGGAAGUGAGGAGAAUGAAGAGUGCAGUUCCUUUAAUUACCACAGGGGGCAGCAGGUCCUGGUUUACAUGUUUGCGUGUCAUCCGUACUCAACUUUUCACUAUCUCGUGUUUUUAUGAUUUACAGUGACAACAUUGAUUUAUUGAAUUAAUUAAAUCUUUAUUAGAUGCUGUAAUGUUUCCCAUAAUGCACCACUACCCAGAAUCCUCUGGGAGUCUAAGAUACAGUCAGAUCCCAUUCUUCAUCUUCACCCUCAUCUUCAUCGAGAUCAAACUCAUUCACCUGAAAAACAAAAUUACAUUUGCUCUGGUUGUAAAUGUCUGUGCUACAUGAAAAUGUUUGUCUAGUCUAUAAUAUUAUAAUCCAUAUAUAUAGAGAGAGAUUGUAUAUAUAUAUUCAUUUUGAUGUGUUGGUGUUAUAUUAUAGACAUAUAUCAUGUAUGUUUCACUGACAUGAAUGACUCCUUCGAUGUUCUCAGGUAAAAUCUGAUCCGACGUCUGUUUCACCUCCACCAUCACUUUGCCAUUUUCUACACACAAACGCACACUGAUCAUCAAUACACAUCAAUUCAUAACUGUCACAUUUGAACAGUAAAAAUAUAUUUCGUUAUUAGUAACAUUAAUAGUAACAGUAAUACCCAGUAGAAUGAGCAGGACUGUGUUGAAUGCCUGAACCAGAGCUUUGUCUCUGACCAACUUCUGGAGUUUACAGCGUUUGAGUAGCAAAACAUCUGGGCCUGAACAAAGAGACAACAUCUGGAUGUUAUAUAUCUCUCUCACACACACACACACACACACACACACACACACACACACACACACACACACACACACACACACACACACACACACACACACACACACACACACACACACACACACACACACACACACACACACACACACACACACACACCAAAUC